CUGGGAGCGAAUACGAACUGGUUCACAUCAGCUCCCGAGAAGAUAUUGGGUAUUGUACAGAAGUGUAGCUCUUGUUUGAACAGUCCACCGGAUAAUGACGUCAUAGUAACCAUAGUCAGAAAAUUCAACAAGAGCCAGAUGAACGUCGAUAACUCAGAAAACACCACAUCGGUCAUAGUUAUUUUUCAGUUUGAUAGGGCACUAUGCAAAAAGUUCAAUAAUGGCAUAGUCCGUCAGAAGAGUGUUAUGAGAAGUUACGGUAAUGGACAGUCAGUUGGGUUCGCUGAUGAGGUUAUAUGUUUAUCUGGUGAAUGGAAACGAAAUGCAACCAUAGGGAUCCUUCAAUUUAACUCAGCUAAAGCAGCAGAUAAAUGGCUUAACAGUGAUCCAGUAUUUCGUCAGCAUGACUGGCUUGAUGAUGCGGAGAUUUGGAUUGCCCCUUUAUCUAAGGAGAUUAAACCAUGGAAAUAUUUACAGUUGAGCUCGUUGAAAGUAACUAAUGAAGAUGAUUUCAAAAACCAGUAUUUACCAAAGUUUGAAGAAUCUGUCUCAAAUUUCGGAGGAGAACCAUUUAUCUGCUUGACUUCACACGUGGAAGUACGUCGAGGACUGAAAGAAAUGGACUAUUUGAUUAUAACAGAAUGGCCUGAUGAGGAGAGCUCCUUAAAAUGGAACCAGAGUCGUAUGUUGAAAUGCUUUAUAAAACUCCCAUUUAGUUAUCAAGUCUGUUAUUUUUCAAAGUAUACAAUUUGGAGCUUAUAAGUGAAUCAAGACUUCUAAAACUAGGACUGUUACAUGGGAUUCGAAAAUCCAAAAGUGCUUUGUAUUUAUAGCAUGUUUGAAGAUCAGUUUUAGAUUUUGAAAAAAAACAUAAGGUAUGGAGUGCCUAUAGAUCGUACAACAGUUCAUAUUUGUAGUUCAUGGCAGAAAACUUUUCCACUUAAAAGUGAAAGUUUACUCUGUUUUAAUCAUACAUUUUCCCAUCCAGUUUACACAGGUAACAAAACGUUCGCUAACCAGUAUUAAUCAAGUCCGCAAAUAAAGCUGC